AUGCACGUGGAAUACUUUUUACAUUGGGAAGAGUUUCCUGAGAAAGUUGACAGCAAAAUGUCGUUUGGAGGAGCAUCAAAUAACUCCCAGAUCGAUCGGAAACUUCAGGAGGAACUGAUAGCCGAAGAUCAAAAGCAGAGAUUUCAAAGCCAGAUUCAUGCCUUCACAGACAUGUGCUGGGAAAAAUGCGUUGAUAAACCGGGCAGUAAACUGGAUGGGAAAACGGAGACUUGUCUCGUAAAUUGCGUGGAAAGAUUUCUAGAUACGAACAUUUUCAUCGCCAAACGGUUCGCUGAAAAAUUUAAGGGAUGA